AGGUUGGUGUUCCAGCUUGCCGGUCGCCUCUAUAGAGCCCACCUUUAGACGGCGACUAUUGGUAGAUCGUUACGUCAUUGCCCUAUCUACCUCACUCCCACUGGCUCUCAUAGGAAGGGGCGGUCGCAACGUCACGGGCAAGGGCCGCCAUUUUGACUGAGCAACCCUAGUGACAGGAGCCGAAGCAGCAGCGCAGGUUGUCCCCGUUUCCCCUCCCCCUUCCCUUCUCCGGUUGCCUUCCCGGGCCCCUUACACUCCACAGUCCCGGUCCCGCCAUGUCCCAGAAACAAGAAGAAGAGAACCCUGCGGAGGAGACCGGCGAGGAGAAGCAGGACACGCAGGAGAAAGAAGGUAUUCUCCCUGAGAGAGCUGAAGAGGCAAAGCUAAAGGCCAAAUACCCAAGCCUAGGACAAAAGCCUGGAGGCUCCGACUUCCUCAUGAAGAGACUCCAGAAAGGGCAAAAGUACUUUGACUCAGGAGACUACAACAUGGCCAAAGCCAAGAUGAAGAAUAAGCAGCUGCCAAGUGCAGGACCAGACAAGAACCUGGUGACUGGUGAUCACAUCCCCACCCCACAGGAUCUGCCCCAGAGAAAGUCCUCGCUCGUCACCAGCAAGCUUGCGGGUGGCCAAGUUGAAUGAUGCUGCCCGGGGCUCUGCCAGAUCCUGAGACGCUUCCCCUCCCUGCCCCACCCGGGUCCUGUGCGGGCUCCUGCCCCUUCCUGCUUUUGCAGCCAGGGGUCAGGAGGUGGCUCGGGUGUGGGCUGGAGAGGCAGAAGCCCUUUCCUGUUGGUGUCCCAGCACAUGGAGCCCCUUGGGCUGAGCACCAAGACCUUGAACCUUUUUUGUUUUACCUUUUUUCCAAAUAACAGUUGGGAGAAAUAUCAAUGAAAUUCUCGGGGUGGGGGUGGGGUUGAAAGGGUGGGGUGGGAGAUAGGGAGGAGUAUGAAUUAGGGCUUGGAGUUGGUAAAAACAUUCCUGACUAUCCUUCUUAACCACGUGGCUGAUGUGGGGUAGGUAUGAGGGGAAAGAAGUGGAGUAGCCUAAUGAAAAGGGGUUCUAGUUGAGCUCUGUAGAUAAAUGCCUUGUUUCAGUGUGGUUGGAGACCUGGUGUCAGAUAAAAGAAACUCCAUCCGCACAGACAGAUGCAAACAGCUCCUCUAGUUCUGCAGAGCUAGUUGAGAACUCAACAUUAAUCAUUUUAAAAAGUGCUGUCCUUGAAAUAGAUUUGCUGUGGGAGGAAGGGCAGUGAGUGUGGGAGAAAGGAGCCGUGAGCGUGGGGAACCCCACAGAGCCCAAAGGACUUUUUCAGUAUUCGAAAUAAACAAAACAAAAACCCAUGAAAAAACCCAACCCAGAAA